GCUUCCUCCUCCUCCUCGUGGAGGACCCCCUCCCUCCCCUCCUCCGUCUCUCCGCCCACUCCGAGCUUCUCCCAGGCAACUUCGGCCCCGCUGCCUCCUUCCUUGACUCUUGUCCCCUCCAAGCGUCCGGACAGGUCUGAGGGACUUCCUCUCUAAGCCCAUCCGAAGGCACUCAGGCAGGCGCCAUGCUGAAGCCCGGCGAGCCCGGCGGGUCGGCCUUCCUGAAGGUGGACCCGGCGUACCUCCAGCACUGGCAGCAGCUCUUCCCUCGCUCCGGGAGCAGCAGCGGCGGCAGCAAAGGCGCGGCGGGGCUCCUGGGCCACCACCUCCCGCACCACCUUCUCCCGCAACUCCCGCCGCCCGAGAGCCCGGCAGACGCGCUCCGGCACCUCCCGGGCCCGCCUUCCUCCUCGUCCUCUUCCUCCUCUUCCUCUGCGCCGUCUUCUUCCUCCUCCACGCCGUCGUCCGCGCCGUCUUCCUGCGCUGCCGUUGCUGCCGCCGCCGCGGCGUCUCUAGCCUCGUUGACCUCGCUCCCGGUGGGCCAGAUCCCCGUCUUCGGCGCUUUGCAGAGCAACAGCGAGGCUCCCGUGGCGUCGGGCCCGGUCUCGUUGCUGCCGGGCAAGGAUUUGGGGGGCGCCGGGGUGGCCAAGGGCAGCGAGAGGAGCCCGGCCCGCUUCCGCUGCACGGCCGAAGAGCUGGACUAUUACCUCUACGGGCAGCAGCGCAUGGAGAUCAUCCCCCUCAACCAGCACACCGGCGACCCCAACAACCGAUGUGAUAUGUGUGCGGAUAAUCGUAAUGGGGAGUGUCCCAUGCAUGGUCCUCUGCACUCUUUGCGGCGCCUGGUUGGCACCAGUAGUGCUGCAGCAGCAGCACCUCCACCAGAAAUCCCUGAGUGGCUUCGGGAUCUGCCACGAGAAGUGUGCCUAUGCACCAGCACAGUGCCAGGGUUGGCCUAUGGCAUCUGUGCGGCUCAGAGGAUUCAGCAGGGCACCUGGAUUGGACCUUUCCAGGGAAUCCUCCUUCUGCCAGAAAAGGUGCAAACAGGAGGAACCAGAAAUACACAGCACCUCUGGGAAAUAUAUGACCAAGAUGGGACACUACAGCACUUUAUUGAUGGUGGGGAGCCCAGUAAGUCAAGUUGGAUGAGGUAUAUUCGAUGUGCAAGGCACUGCGGGGAGCAGAACCUAACUGUAGUCCAGUACAGGUCAAACAUAUUCUACCGAGCUUGCAUGGAUAUUCCCAGGGGAACGGAAUUGUUGGUGUGGUAUAAUGACAGCUACACAUCUUUUUUUGGAAUCCCUUUACAGUGUAUUGCACAGGAUGAGAACUUGAACGUUCCUUCAACAGUAAUGGAAGCCAUGUCAAGGCAAGACAGCCUCCAGCCAUUUAAUAAAAGUAGCAAACUGCCCUCUGCCAUUCCACAGCAGUCCAUAGUAUUUCCACAGACUCCGUGUAAUAGGAAUUUCUCUCUUCUGGAUAAGACAGGCUCUGUGGAAUCAGGAUUUAACCAGAUCAGUGUGAAAAACCAGCGAGUGCUUGCAAGUCCAACAUCAACAAGCCAAUUAAAUUCUGAGUUCAGUGACUGGCACCUUUGGAAAUGUGGGCAGUGCUUUAAGACUUUCACCCAACGGAUCCUCUUACAGAUGCAUGUUUGUACACAGAACCCUGACAGGCCCUAUCAGUGUGGACACUGCUCCCAAUCCUUCUCCCAACCUUCAGAGCUCCGGAACCAUGUAGUCACCCAUUCCAGUGACAGACCUUUCAAGUGUGGCUAUUGCGGUCGUGCCUUUGCUGGUGCUACUACACUCAACAAUCAUAUCCGGACACAUACAGGGGAGAAGCCCUUUAAGUGUGAGAGGUGCGAGAGGAGCUUCACACAGGCCACCCAGCUGAGUCGACACCAGAGGAUGCCCAAUGAGUGCAAGCCAAUAACAGAGAGCACAGAAUCAAUUGAAGUGGAUUAACUGAUUGACUGGUUGGAAUUAAACUGCAAGGAAAGUCAUGAUUAAAUGUCACGGACACUUAAGCAAAACCAAAGAUUUCCUCUGAGCAACUUUCAAUCAGUCCCAGAAAACCAAGACCAGUAAUAAAAUAAGUAAGAUGUUAAGAGAUAUUGAUCCUGGCAUGGAAGUGAAACCAGGGAAGAGAUUAUUUAUUUAUGACUAAGAAUGAAACUGAUUUCAAUGGACAAGAAACCCGGGCCUGCUGGCAUUUCUAGCCCCCUCACCAUGUAUUGCUUUAUUUCUAAAAGCUUUUAUAAUUGUUAUUUAAAUACCAAAGGAACAAUGAUCAAGGGUUCUUAUGCCCAUAGUUAUGACUGUGAAUGCACAUGGACUUGUUUAUUGUGGCACCUUUUUUCAUCAGCAUGACUUAGUGGGUCCAGGUAUAUUCCUCCUUAGCUAGGUUCUGUUGGGUUGCAUUUCUCUUGACCUCUCUCUCUCCUUUUUUUUUAAACAAAGUUUCAACAUGAUGAGAGAGAAAGUGAUCCAGGACCAUCUUCACUCCAACUGAAGACAUUUUACUCCCGUGAUUGCAGAACUCACAAUUUGUGCACUUUUUUGUAUAAAUGUUUUCAUUAACCAGUGUUGCAUUGAUUGAUACAGGAGAUUCAAGAAAUGUUAAAUAAACUUUGUCUCAUAUAUAUAUAUAUAUAUAUAUAUAUAUAUAUAUAUAUAUAUGACAAUUCUGUAGAUGUUCAUGCUGUAAAAAUAUGAGGAAAAGAAACAUUUGAAAUAAUGUAGAAUUUUCAAAUACAGUUCUCUUUAAUGAAUGACACAUAUUAUUCAUAGAUGAUGAAUAAUAGUAUCAAAGAAAUGGUGACACUUUUAACUCUCAUGCUUGAAAACAUAAACGUUAAAAUGGAA